AUGAUUCGAUAAAUCUCUGACUUAAAAUAAAUUAAUUCUGAAGUAACCAAAUAAUAAUAAAAAUAGCAAUAACAAAAGAAAGAAGAAAUAUAUAAAAUAUUUGAUAAUUCUACCUAUGCAUUGUCAAUUGUGUUAAAUGAUAAAGAGGAAAAUCAAGCAUCAUAAGUUUUGGAUAGUUUAUCAAUAUUAUUGGAUAAUAUGUAAAAUUAAAUAGAAACAUCUCUAAAUGAAAGAACAUUUUUUAAAUAUCCAACAUACUCUAUAAAAAAAUUAUAUUAUAGAAAAAUGGAUAGUUCAAUAUCUUCAGGUAAUAAUUCUGUAUAGUCAUUUUUAGAAUCAGAAAAUUCUUAGAGAUUUAUUGAGCAAUAAAUUAAAGAAACACAAUAAUUAGUAAAAUGUUCAUAAUUAUCUAGCAAAUGAAAUAAUAAUUAGGAAAUAUACUAAUUUUUGAUAUAUAAAAAGAGAGUCAAACUAAUAACAAUUGUUUUUUAGCAGCAUGUUAAUCCAUUAAGAACUCAAGUUUUUGUUUAUUAAUAUUUAGAUAAAAAGAUAAUAUUCAUAAAUUUAUCAGGACUUGAUAAUAAAGAUAAUACAUACUAAUAUCAAUUUGAAGUCAAACCUAAUUAUGUUUAUGUCAAUUUCAAAGAGUUUAAAUAAUAGUAUAAAUAAAGUUAAUGUUAUUGUGGUCAACUUAAUGAAAAAAAAUUUUUUAAUAUUUAUUUUAAUUAUGGAGAAAAUCAGAUGUUUUAAUGGGAUUAAUUUAAGUUAAUAUAUAGAUUACAUAUUAAGAAAUUGAUUAAGAAAGUCAAUUCAGAUUUAUUUAUAUUAUCAAUAGCAAAACCCUUGGGAUCAAAAGUAGAUAUUUUUUAAUUUUAUUUAGUCUUCAUAAAGAUAUAUAAGAUUUGAUGAUGGUUGUUUACAAAGAAUCAUAGAAAAAUUUUGUAAAUUGGCUUAAAAUAAAUUAUUUAUUAAUUUAAUACUUUUAGAUUUAAAAGAAACAUCUCCUUAAGAAUUGAAAUAUAAAACAAAUGAUUAAGAUAUGAUUAGAUUUUUAAAUUGUAUUUAAUAAGGAGCUAUAGGUAAUAAAAUACAAUCAAAAAUUAAUUUUGAUUUGGAUAAAGAUAAAAGUUCGUUAUCACUUAAAUAUAUUAUUUGGUUAUAAGAAUUUGUUAAUAUUUAAAUAAAGGUUAAAUUAGAUCCAAUAUUCUUAAAAAUGUAUUAAAGAGAAUUAAGGAAUCUAUUACUAAAUAAUACAUUUAUACAAUCUGAAGAAUAUUUAUCAGAAUCAGCAUUAAUGAUUUUGAAUACGAAAUAAAUUCACAAAGAAACUAAUUUAUAUUAUGAGAAAAAGAAGUUAUAAUUCUUUUUUAAUUCACAACUAUUAGUUGAUUAUUCUAAUAAAUUAGUGGUUCUUUUAUAAUAAGAUGAAUUAAAAAAAAAUCAAUAUUUUUUAUAUUAUAGUGAAAUUUAAGAGGAUUAAUAGAUAAUUUAAUGGUAUUCAAUUAUUAUAUUAAGCAAUCAGCUAAAGAAUACUUCUAAAUGACUAUAUUGAUGAUGCAUUAUUGUUUGAUUCACAAAAGAAAGCAAGUUUAUCUGUCAAAAACAUGAGAAUAAUACAAAAAAAUCAAUAGUUGAUAUAUUAAAAAAUGAUAUAUAUUCAUUCUAUAGCCAAUGACAUAAUUUUAGAGAUAUAGUGUUUUGGUGAUAAAUAAGUGAAGAUAUUAAAAAGGAAUAAAGAUUUAGAUAGGGUUGAUGCUGAAAAAUUCUAAAAGCAAAAAACUAUCAUAAGGGAUUAAUCUAUAAUAUCAGAUUUAGUUAAAAAUAGAAGAGGUCCUUGUGUAGUAUAAAAUUCACCUAUUUCAGAAACAGAUUUUAUGAUUAUUGGAGGAGAAUUUUAAAAGUAUCAUUUAUUUAAUUAAAAAUAGUGAUCCAACACAUUGCAAUAUAAUAGAGAUAGUAAAGUUAGAUGAGAUGAAUUAAUCAGGAUUUCAUUCAUAUAUAUUAUAAAAAGAAUUACUUUUUGCUAAGGGAUCAUUUGUUCCAUGGCCAUAUAUGCUUGUAUUGUCAUCCAAUUAAUAACCAUAUUAAUAUAUUUUUUUACCUGGAGAUUAUAAAAAUUAAAUUAAUUGUUCUAACAAACCUAUUGUAAAUGUUUAUUAAUAUUAUGCUUAUCAAUUGACUACUUUAAUAGAUAGUUUUUAAUUUCAAUGGAAAAAACUAAAUAUUAUUUAUGAUAAUUCAAAUUUAGGUAAUUAUUAACCUUUUCCUAUUCAAUAUUUUUCAGGAAAUUAAAGUAAUGUAUUAUGUAUGGUGGAUUCAAAGAUAACUAAAUGGAUUAUUGCUAAAACAAUAAAUAAGUAGAUUUUAUUCGGAUCUAAAGGAAAAAAGGAAUUCUUCAAAUGUUUAGAGGAUAUAGAUUCUAAUGUUUCAUUAACAGAUAUUGAAUAAAUAAUAAUAACAGCUGAAAUCUUUAUAAAUGAGAACAAUUUAAUUAUCAAAGAGAAAUUUUAUUAGACUGGAAAAGAAGUAAUUCUAUAGAAGAAAAUUGUUGAUUUUACGAAUGAAGAUUUGAUACUAUUUUGA